AUGCCUGCCGUCAAGGACGCCGUAAAUGGAGCCCCUCGUGGGCGUCUCCCCAUUGUGGGCGCUGGUUACGCUGGACUGGCAGUUGCCAUUGAACUGACCAGGAAAGGCUUCGAAGUCGAAGUAGUGGAAGUGGUACCAGAGUUGACCACCCAAGGCCUGAUCUUCGACUACGCGAAAUCCCUCGGCAUCAAGUUCCGAUUUGGCAAACGUGUCAACGAGUACUUUGAAGAAACUGACCGCGCUAGGGUCGUGAUCGAGGGUGAACGUAUCGAGGCAGACGGUGUGAUUGCGGCGGACGGAAUCCACAGUGCGGCACGAAAGCAUGUCAUGGGCAUCCAUCAGCAUCCGCGUAUAAGCGGAUUUGCCUUCACCGAAACCGACGAAGACUUGUUCUGCGUCUGGCUUGGCGCCGAUACGCACGCCAUCUUAUUUAUAUUAAUGGAUCUAAGAUCGGCUAUAAUUUUCUGCACUCAUAAGGACACCUAUGAGGUUGAAGAGUCCAAUACCCCAGAGAAGUUGAUUGACUGGAAACUUCUCUGGCGCGGUCCAAUUCGCCAAUGGGUUUCUGACACUGGUAACAUCACACUUGUUGGCGAUGCAGCUCAUCCCCAUCUUCCAACAUCCGGCCAAGGUGCUGCACAAGCGAUCGAAGAUGCUGCCACGAUCGCGGCGUUGUUGGAUAAACUAAGGAAAGAGGCUAUUCCUGCUGCUUUUAGAGCCUUUGAGAAGCUUAGGUACGAAAGGACCAGCCUCACGCAACGUAUGGGUUGGGAAACGAGACAUCGCUGGCAUCAGACGGACUGGGAAGCUGUUGCCGCAAACCCACAGUUUCUCAAGAUGCCCCAGCCUAUGUGGCUAUACGUCCAUAAUCCAGAAAAGUACGCUUACGAAAGAUGUGAUGAAGCAGCGGAGAGCAUUGAGGAAGGGACAUCUUUUGUUUCGACCAACGUUCCCGAGGGUCACGUGCACGAAGACUGGACGGUCGAGACGAUGAUGGAGCUAGAGAAGCAACAAGCUCGAGAAGCGUUUUACAGAGUUGCCAACAAGUAG